AUGUCCAAUUUUGUACUAUUCAUAUUUAGUUUUAUUUUCUUAUUUAGUUGUUCAAGAUUUCAUCCACUGGCAGAUGGGUCGUUUUCAUUACAAAUAAAACCAGAUUCAAUGUUUGCUAAAAAUAUCAUCCAAGUAGUUCAAGAAGGUCUAAAAUUUGUCACAUAUCUAUCAAAUGAUUUAAAUAUUUACAUCAAUGAAACCAUCCUGGAUUCUAAUCUACAAGUAGUAGAUACAUUAUUUGAUAAUAGUGAAUAUUAUUUUAACAUCUUUGGAUUUUGCAAACGAAAUCAAUUUGGAGAAGAGCUCAUAUGUUAUAAUGGAGAAGGCUCAAAUAUUAUUGCUAGCUUUGUUCAAGAUUUCGGUACUCAAUUAGGGAAUUUAACCAAACAACCAGACCCAAACCUUACAUCUGGAAGAUUUGUUAAUGUUUUUUAUACUGCAAUUGAACAAUUAUGUUCAGGUCCAAUGAGUUUAUCAAAUCCCGAUAUAUGUAAAUUAAGAACUUACAAUCAAGCAGGUUUUGAUCUUCAAUAUGUUGGAAUAUUCAAUUUAUUAUGCUCAGGGUUAAUUAUCUUUUUAAUCUUAGGUGAUAUAGUAUUUGGUUAUUGUAUUGUUCAUCAUGGUAAAUUUCAAAUUAAAUGGAAGUUCAUCAUAAAAUUAAUAUCAUUAAUAUUAUCAUUCCUUUCAAUACAAGUAAUCUAUUUUGUUAAUAUGUCAAUGCAAAUUCCAAUUAGAGAAUUAUUAGAACAAUACCAAAUAGCUGCCAUACAAUUUCAUAAAUUUAAUUUUGUUAUAUGGAAUAUUAUAUUUAUAUUUAAUAUAAUUUGUACUAUUGAAUUGAAUUUAACAAAGAUGAGUUUAGUAUACUAA